AUGACCGGAAACUUGAACGGCGGUGGAAGAGGAGGAGAAGGACCAUGCGGGGCGUGCAAGUUCUUGAGGAGGAAGUGUGUGAGUGGAUGCGUUUUCGCUCCUUAUUUCGAUGCAGAGCAAGGGACUGCUACGUUUGCAGCGGUUCACAAAGUGUUUGGAGCAAGCAAUGCCUCUAAGAUGUUACUGAGAUUGCCUUUGAACAAGCGGCAUGAUGCGGUCUCCACGCUCUGUUACGAGGCUUUGGCUAGGCUCAGUGAUCCUGUUUAUGGCUCUGUUGGCCAUCUCUUCUCUCUUCAACACCAGGUUAUGAAUCUACAAGCUGAGAUUGCUCAUGUUCAAGCUCGUCUUUCAACCUUUCAGCGUUUUUCUGUAAUCCCUCCAAAACAAAUGCAACAGCCACCUCAUAACAAUGAAUAUCCGGUGGAACAAACUAACUUGGAUUUUGCGUGGGAAGAAGAACAAUUAUCUCUGGCUGGAAAUGAAAAUGGUGAAUUUCAAGAACUGGCGAUGCAGUUCGUCUCUAAGUAUUUACCGGAAGUCAAACUUCCGGCUUGCACUUUCAGUUAG